CUCCAAAUUUAUGGUACAAUAAAGAAAUAUCAGUUAAAAGUUUAAUAACAAAACAUAUGCUAACUUUAUUUUAUUGUAUUUCCGAUACAGGAGUCGAAUACUUAAAGUUUGUGCAUAGUAGUUCUUCUAAGGAUUAAUGAAUGAUUUAAAUUUAAAUAUCCCGCCAUGUGAUACUAGUUACUUUUCGUUUGAUAAAAUUCAAAUCUAGGGUAAUUUAUGCACUGGUCGUUUUAUGUCAAUUUUAAAAAUCAAUGUGUGCACAGUUUUUGUUUGUAUUGGUGUUAUAACAGUUUUACGAAAGGCCGACAACAUUUCUGAGGGGUUAAUAUGUCAAGGGAGUUAAAUUUUAAUGAAAAAACGAUUUUAUCAACACCAAAUCCCAUUCAUUCUUCAAGCAUGGCUGCAGAAAGGAAGAAAAAAAUCGACAUGAGUUUUUUAAACGACAUGCCUCAAAGAUUCAGCGGAGGCGAGGAAUCUCUUGGAAUUCUUUCGAUAAAAAGCAGUGAUACAAGUUUACUGCCUUCUGCACUCUUAGAUGUCGCCAAGCAAAGAGAAAGUGAAUGUGAGAAAGCUAGAAAGUCCAUGCAAAGCUUUGACUUGAAACACGGCCAGCUUACUUCUCUACCAUCCCGAUUUUUGAGGAAAUCUGAUGUUUCUGAAGGUAGCUAUGGAGGUUUUGUUCGUUCUGAAAGUACCAUUAGUGAAACUGAUUUACUUCCUGGUAAUUGUUCUACACCUAGAGGAUCAUUAAUGAAAGACGAGUUUGUAAUGAGAGAAUGUCAACUUUCUUCGAGUAAUAAUCGUCUGUCGCAACAGCUCAAUAGUUACGCGCAAAAGUUGCGAAGUGGUGAGGCUGAUACUCUUAAAGUAAUGGAAAGUAUUUACAAAGAGAUGAAUACUACAGAGGGAAUUUUUCAAUCAGGCGCAGACGCAAUAGCUAUAUUCGAAGAGGAUGAGAAAUCAUGGAAAAAAGAGAAACACAUCCCUGGAAUACCAAAGGAAUUUUCUUUGACUUACAAUGAUGACAUGAAGGUGUCUGUGGGUUCUUUCUUCAUAAAGAAGUCUGACAAUAUUCCAGAACUAUUUGCUAAAAGUCCACAAAAGCUCCAAGCGCCUAUUCCGUUAAUUGAAACUUCAGUAUGCGAUCAGGGUUUUUGUCUUUCUGAUGACAGUGUACGCAUCAGCGAGAUACAAAACAUUCCUGGUGAUGACAGUGUGCGUGUUAGUCAAAUACAAAACAUUUUGUCAUCAGAUGAGUCACCAACUAACGCGCUAAAUAAGUUACUGAAACCUAAGAGACCAACAAAAACAAAAAGUCCACUGAGAAAAUCACUACCAAAAAGUCCUCAAAAGGAAUUUUCAUUGCCAAAAUGUCCAAUCCAAACGUCACUACCAAACAAUUUGGAUAAAUGUGGUAAGGAUAUUACUGAUGAAGCAGUUAAAGAAAAUAUUUGUCCAGACUUUAAUCAAGAGAAGUCUGUACUUUCAACAAGAAGCUCCAGUGCCUUAAGUAAUUUACCCAAUGGAAAAUUGCCUAUUGGUACAACAAAGACUGAACUUAUUUGGGGUUGCGUUAAAGUAGGUAAAAGUAGCUCACAGGAAUUUAUUGUCAGAAAUAAUUCAUCCAGUCGACUUGGAAUCCAGUGUUCAGUCUCAAAUCCCUCAUUUCGACUGAACAAGGAAGGGACGGAAUUAAGUUUUUUAAACACGAUUAAGGUAGUUUUACACCCCUAUGAAUCCAGAAGUCUUACCGUGACUUUCGCUCCUACUACAUUGGGAGCUGCAGUUGAUAGUCUUCACUUUUCUUCAAUAGAUCCCAGUCAUAAACAGUCAGUUAAACAGUUUGUAAAAUUGUAUGGCUGUGGAGGCUAUGGCAACGUUACCAUUCACGGAAUAAUUAAAGAUACUACUGGAAAAUUUUUAUUGUCUUUAGGUAACGUUGAUGAACUGCAAGAACUGAAACAAAAUUUUGUGAUCAAGAAUCAUGGAUCUCUAGCGGCAUUUACUUACUUUGAUCUUAUUUUAAAUGGUUUGUACGCGUUUUCAAAUAUUGAGAUUUAUCCACUAAUGGCUGUGUUAUUACCUGGCGAAGAGCGGGAAGUAGUUGUCAAAUACAAUCUUCAAAAGAAGGACUUCACUUACAUUAAGUCUAAAAUAGGUAACAGUUGUGUUAUUGAUAUUGGAAAGCUUCAAGUAAUUCAUGGAACAGAAGUUGAUAGAGCGCGGCUUAGAAAAUUAUGGCAAAGGGCGAAGGAGAAAAAUCAAGAUUUUAACCCUUAUAUAUCAGAUUUGGUUAUGAAAUUCCCAGGAGAAGUAAUUCCAAAUGAUCUAAAAUACUUCAAAGAAUCUUUAUCUUGCAUGGAAGAGGUUCUAAAAUUGCUCAACAAAGAGGAAAUAACUGUAACCUUGGAACAAGAUGUAGACCAAACACUACUUGGGCAACUACAAGAUGAAACAGCUAUGUUUUAUAGUCUAUGUGAAAAUACUGCUGUCAACGCAAACAACACUAUGUGUGGAGAGACGUGCCAGGUAGAACCUAUGAGAAUUAUUCUAACACCACCAGAUAAAAUCAAAGACAGAAUUUUCUUAACUAAUAAUUCUAAAAAGACGCUUUAUUUUGAAGUUGCUUCAACACCAGAGAGUUUGUACUUAAAGCCCAAGAGUGGCACUAUUUAUUCAGAUGAAACUCAAAUUAUUGAACUUACUUAUGUGAAAAAAUGCAAUGAUAAGACUGUUUUUAAAGUGACGAUUUUAGUUGAUAAUGAGAGUUUUGAGGUUGAUGUUAAAGUUGUGUUUGUAAAAAUGUAAACAUGCUGGGUAUACUCGCCAAUUAAUUGUAUUUUUGUACCCGAAUUAAAUUAUUUUUCAUGA